AUGACCAACUCCGAGAAGAUAGUGAUCACUCUAAUUGCACACGGAUCCAAAUUAUCUGCUGAAUUAGUUCAACAACUCAGUAGAGAUAUCGAGAACACCUUACGUUGCCAGAUCAAAGAUACAAAACCACUCUCUGACAGAGCUCUUGACAUAUAUUUGGAAGAUGUGGUGUCCUCUACGGUAGAGGAGACUCGCGGGUUGUUGAGCCCCUUUAUUGAGGCCAACAGUGAGAUUGUAGACAUAAUCGUACAGAGAAAUGAUCAAUACCGUAAGAACAAGAAAGUUGUAGUGUUUGAUAUGGAUUCCACGUUAAUUUAUCAGGAAGUCAUCGAGUUGAUUGCCGCGUACGCUGAUGUGGAACCACAAGUGAAGGCUAUCACUGACCGUGCUAUGAAUAACGAGAUUGAUUUCAAAGAAUCCUUGAGAGAACGUGUUGCUCUCUUGGAAGGAUUGAAAAUUGAUACUUUGUACGAUGAGAUCAAGGGGAAGUUGAAGAUCACUAAGGGUGUCCACGAACUAUGCAAAGUGUUGUCUGCGGAAGGUAGUAAAUUGGCAGUCUUAAGCGGUGGAUUCAUUCAAUUUGCCAGUUUUAUUGCCAAAGAGUUGAAAUUUGAUGUUGCUAAGGCCAAUACUUUAGAGAUGGAUACCGAAGGGAAAUUAACUGGUAAAGUGUUAGGCGAUAUAGUGGAUGGUCAAUGUAAGGCGGAAACAUUAUUGGAAUUAUGUGAGAAGUAUCAGUGUCCCGUGGAAGCCUCAUGUAUGGUCGGUGAUGGUGGGAAUGAUUUACCUGCCAUGAGCGUUGCAGGGUUUGGUAUUGCCUGGAAUGCCAAGCCAAGAGUUCAAAAGGCUGCACCAUGUAGAUUGAACACUGAUUCAUUAAGGGAUGCCCUUUACAUCUUUGGAUACACCGAUUCAGAAAUUGAAUCAAUUAUCUCCAAGGGUAACUAA